CUUUUGUUGUAGUUUAUUACUUCAUUCUAUGUUCUCAUGGCAGUGGGUGAGUGUGGACCCCGUUGGCGGCUAAAAGGAGACACUGCCCAAUUGACUUCAUUGAAUGUAUAUAAUAGCAGCUCUAGCAGGUCAAGCACCGCUUUCAUAAACAAGGAGCGAGCAAUUCUUUUCUGGUUUUGGCUUUUGGGUUUUAAUUAACUGCAGAAAUUUUCUUGGAGCUGAGAGGAUUUUCUCGAACCUGAAAAAGGUUGAGAAAAUGCCAAGAAGUGGGGAGGCAGUAAAUGUUCUGGUUGCUCUCACAGUGAUCUUUGCUUUCAUUUAUGUCUGCAUUGAUAGUGAUGUUCUAGAUGAGAUUCUCCAUGGGAUACUUGAUUUUUGUGCGGUUGCCAUUUUAAUUGUGCUUUUGGUGGUUCUUGUUCUCCACUCACAGGAGCAUACUUUUCUUCAUUUGAGGCAUCGAUUAUAUCAUGGAUUUGCGAGUGUGCAGGUUCAGAUCAAUUCUGGCAUGAGGGAAAUUUUGGGCCCUAGGCCACGCCAUUCUCAUUCUCAUUGUCAUUGUCAUUGUCAUACCAUAAAUGAAGCAACCUCUGGUUUCAUGGUUCAAAAGCUGAAACAUGAUGUGCUGAAACGAAUCUAUGAUGGGGUUUAUCAAGUAAAUGUAGAGAACAUAGGCAAUAUCAUAUAUAAGGUUGCUCCACGGGAUGAUUCAGCGAGUAGAGAAUCACACAAUUUGGCAAUUGCAUGCUCCAAUGAGUUUGUAUUGAAGAAUCUUUACCAUUUCAAUCCCAACUGCACCCAUGUUUGCUAUGUAAUGGAGCACUACGAUCAAAAUUUCCAACAGUGGUUGCAAGAGAAUGCUCUCUUGGAUCAUCAAGGCAGAAAUCUGAAUCCAGAGUUUCUUCAAAUUCUUAGGGAUGUUUUGAGGGGCAUUGAUUAUCUUCAUCAUGUAAAAAAAAGAUGUCAUGGCAAUUUAAGUGUACUGUUAAAUGUUGUGAUUGUGAAUGGUCGGGCCAAGAUUACAGGAAUGGCAAAUGCUGUCCCAAAGAAAAAUCUAGGUGGUUGUCGGGAUUAUUCGGACCUGUCUUCAAUUGUUGAGCGUUGCUUUGAAACCAAACAACAAACCAUUCCAACAGAGCUCCAGUUGUUUCUCCAGUAUAUUUCAAAAGCAAAACCUAGCCGGUUGCUGAAUAUCGAGAAUCACCCAAUUUUUCUAUCCCCUUUACAAAGAUUGUGCUAUAGGGUGACUGCUCAUAUGUUCUUGUAUUUUGGUAAUGCCAAAAAGUCCUUUGCCUUGGCAUUGAAUAAAAGUGAGCUCCAUGGACAUAAAUGGAAGCACAAGGUUAGGACAUUUCGUGUGGUACUUAAGUAUAAGGGCUUGCCAAGAAAACAAAGGAAAAACUUUCAGUAUAACCAGUCUCCGAUAUCUUUUAUGAGGUUUGGCAGAAAUGUCGUGGCUCACCUUAAGGACAAUUUUAAUCGAAAUGUGGGGAGUGAUCAGAAAUUGAGUGCCAAAGAUGUUGAGGAAGAGCUUAAUGGAUACUGGCCUGAUUUCAUGCCCAUCUUACAUCAAGUUCUUGUUGAACAUGGCCAUCUUAUGGUUGUACAUGAUGCGGUUCUCAAGUGAAACCAUUGGGAAUUUUCUCACAAAUGGAUAUGAGACAGGUGAUCGAUGUGUUGAUUUUCUAGCUAUAUAUGGUAUAUAUGGAAGAGGUGACUACUUCGAUCUGGAUGUAUAUGUACAGAAACUACUUUUGAAGCUGUA